AAAAUAACACACUAGAAAUGUUAUUUGGGGGUCGGAAGAGUAGUUAAUUUUUUUUCUCCUGUGUUGCUAGAUUAUUGAUACACGGUUAGUGCUGAGUGGGCAGAAGAGAAAGGGUCGGACAUUUUAAGCUGAUGCCAACAGCAUUGUGUGCAAGUGCAGCUCUUGUGUGGGUUUUUUUUGUUGUUGUUUUUUUUUUCUUUUUCUUUUUUUUCCUUCCUUAGUGUAUAGUGUUGUAAUGGCUCAAUGACCUGGAAGAGGUGUAGGGUUUUUUUGUACUUUCAAAUUUUAGUUUGGUUGUCUUGCAAUUUCACAACUGGCACAAAAUGUUAGAGAUAUGUGAUAGCUGAUGGUCUAGCACUAGGGAAAUGGCAAUAGGGUUGGAUACAUGUCUUGUCCAGUAGUAUUUUUUUUCCCUGUCCAAAAUAAACUCAGGUGCAUUUGUCUAAAAAAAAAAUUGGGAAAUUUGCAGUUUGAACUAUGUGAACUGGAACUAUGUCCAUAGGAAGCACGGAUUCUAUAUGAUGCAGUUCCCAAGUGUGCUAAUCCAACAGGGAGACAAAAGACCAAGUUUCUUACCAACUGUAACAUUCACCAAGUUAUAUACACAUAUGACUGAUAAAUGCAUAUCUAAACUUCUGAAUAACUGAGAGUUCUUACUGUUGGGGUAAAUAACUACUUGACCCACAGAUGUGGCAGGAAAGGUGACAAUCUGCUGAGUCCUAAGUGGGCUGGAGAUUACACCUCCAUCACUGAAGGCAAGUUCUCCAUUUAAUACUUAGACUUUGAUAUGUGAGAUGGAUUUUGGGGAGGACAAAAGAAAACAGUUCCAUGAUAAAAGCUGAAGCCAGAACCUAAUCUUGAGGCAGAAUUUUGAUUCUUAAGCAGUUUGUCAGAAAAAUGGUUAGAUAUCCAGUGAAAGCGUCACCAGGUUCUGAAAGCUGCUUUUGGUUCUUUGAACCCAAACUGGCUCCCUGAUGUAUACAGCAGAACUGGGACUGAAAACUGAAAUUAAAAUUUCUGGAGGCUUUGCAUGAAGCAGGAUAGAGUCCAGCUCCUUCUGUACGAUCUGAUUGGCAAGCACACGAAUGCUAGAAGAAGCAAGGAAUAAACUAGUCAACAAUUUAGGAGCCAUAAAAUGGACAAUUAUAGUGAGUAGGAAGUUGCGGACAGAUAUUCACUUCUGUUCCAACAUUACUGGGUAAGCUGGAUAGCAGAGAUCUGCUAUUGUAAAAUGUUUAACCCAGCUUAUUUUACUGACGGGUUAAAAAAUGUUUACAUGAACAGCUCCAUUAGCAACUGUAAAGGGCUGCAACCUUUAGUAGGAAGAUGGCGGCAAACAGGUGGCACUGGCUUGCUGGAUAGUACAAUCUGAUAUCACAACUGUUUGUGAAGUGCACAUUUCUUCACCACCAUAUAAUCAUUCUUCUGAACUGCUCUUUAAACGUCAGCAAAGGCCUCUCAUUAAUUCAGCUUGACAGUUUGAUUACAGCAUUUUAACAGCUUCUGAAAAAUAAUUCAGUUACCGAAGUGGUAAACUUGCUGCCGUGACAAUGAAGAUGAAGUGCUGCCUCACAGCCAGGAAGGCAGAGCUAAUCUUGUAAUUCCUGAUCCAUCUUUGUGUACGGUCACCAGUGCCUUGGUUUAAAUGUGUGGUAUUUCCUCUCCAUGUAAAUAUAUGCUAAGUCCGCUUUCAUGGGUCAAUAAAAUGCUUGAAAUAACAUGUAGAUAUAAUUGAUGUAAAAGGCACGUAUGUUAGUGUAUCUAUUGCAUAAGCAGCCUGUGUGCACCGAUGUGAUCAGAGAUCAGUAUUUUCAAAAAGUGCUAUUGCUUUAUCAGUGAGAAGAACAGUUGUCUCUGCUGAAGUGUAAACAUUCUUACAGCAAAACUGCUAGCAGUAAUAAAUUCUCUGGGUAUAUAUGUUAUCUGAGAUACAGCAUGUUUGAGAUCUAUCUGCAGAAGUCUGACUUACGCUUUUUUGACAACAGUUAGUUUGAUACUGUCCAUUAUUGAAGGGUUUGAAGCUACUUCAUCUUGUUGUACUGGGGUUCUGCUAAAAUACAUUUGUAAAGGGUGUCUAGUCCUGAAUUCAGGAGGAUAACUUUUAAAAUUAAGUUCUGUCCAAUUCUGCUUUGGUUUGCUUGCAAUUAUUGGACUAUUGUGUAUCCUGAUCAUUUGUCCAUAGCUUGCAAAAUCUGGAAAGACAAAGACUACAUAGAAUCAUAGAAUCAUUUAGGUUGGAAAAGACCCUUAAGAUCAUUGAGUCCAACCAUAAACCAUGAUAACACAAGUGAUAAAAUACAAUUUAAAACUCUACUUCCUAUAGACCAGUUCAAAUAGGUAUACAAGAGAAGGUGCUGUCCCACACAUGAAGACUUUUACAUAUUUCUGACCUUGCUUUGAGUUUCAAAUUUGCUUUACUUAAAGGAGAUAGAAAGCAUUAAUUAUUGUAUGUAGAAGGAACUGAGAGUUGGGAGUGAAGAAUUUUGGUGUGCUGGGGUGGGAUGGGGCUUCUGGAACUCAGAAGUGCAUCUAGUGGAGAAAAUAGGAAGGUGGCGCAUCAGAGAUGAAUUAUAAUUUCAGAACAUUUGAAGACUCUGACACAUCUCUGGGACCUGCAAUGACAAGUCAGAACAGUAGCCAUGCAGAGAAAACUGGUGAAAUGUCCUCAAAGCAGUCAGCACCAAAAGUGCAGGUCCAACGAUCUGUCUCCAGAGAAACCAUCACUAUUCAUUUCUCUGCAUUUGGGAAGGAGGAAGAAGAGGAGGAAGAGGAGUUUAAGGAAUUUCUUGAUGAGGAACUAGAUGACCAAAGCAUUGUAACAGCACUUGAAGCCAAGGAAGACCUCUGCUUUGAGCAUACCGGCCAUGAUUUUUCUGGUCCAGCUACCUCGCUUAACAUGGCCGACUCUGCAUCGCUACUGUCCUCAUCACCUGCAGUUCUGCCAACUGCAGAGACUGUAAAGCUGUUGGAUUCUCCUUCCACAUCCCAAGUAUUCAGUGCAGUGCCACUAGUCCUGUCUCCAUCAUCACACUCCUGUCAUACAGUUAGCUUAUCAGGUGCACCACCACCUGUGGAACAGAAAUCCAGCCUGUCUUCUUCCCCAUCCUCAUCCCCUUCCAGAUCAGUUGUCUGCUCUAGUGGAUCAUCCACAGUUUCUAGUUCAAAACCUUUUAAGGGUUUAGUCAAGUCCCUUUCAACAGAUGUGGAACCAAAAGAACCCACCCCACCGAUGCGACAUAGACAGUUAAUGAAAACCUUAGUGAAAUCUCUGUCUACAGACACUUCUAAACAAGAAUCUGAAGCUGUGUCUUACAGGCCACCUGACUCAAAACUGAACUUGCAUCUGUUCAAACAGUUCACUCAGCCUCGAGCUACAGGUGGUGAUUCUAAAACUGCCCCCUCAUCUCCAUUAACAUCUCCCUCUGACACUCGUUCCUUUUUUAAAGUACCUGAAAUGGAGGCUAAAAUUGAAGAUACUAAAAGACGCCUUUCUGAAGUAAUCUAUGAGCCUUUUCAGCUGCUCAGUAAAAUAAUGGGUGAUGAAAGUAGUAGCCACAGGCCCAAAGCCUUAUCUUCAAGUGCUUCAGAACUCUCAAACCUUUCCAGUUUGAAUGGCCAUUUGGAAAGCAAUAACAACUACAGCAUUAAGGAAGAAGAAUGUGAUUCUGAAGGGGACUUCUAUGGAAGUGACUCUAACCUGAAUAGGAACGAUCAGUCAAAAGUGGCUGAGGAACAUGCAAAAGAGACAGAGACCAAAAGCUCUCAGUCUGCAAGCACAAAGGACGUGAGUUCGAAAACUUCACUUGUACUUGAAAAAUGUUCAUUGUCUGCACUAGCAAGCAGAGAGGAUGAGGAGUUUUGUGAACUGUAUUCUGAAGACUUUUCCUUGCUAGAGGAUGAAAGCAAACCUGAUAAACCUACCGAAACUUUGCUCAAUCCAGAGAUGACUGAGGAAGAUGGUACUAUGCUCAGUAGUGAAGAUGAAAAUAAUCCAUAUGUGCAAGAGCCUAAAAUACCAGUGAAAACUUUAUACUUCUUAACACUGUUGGUCUAUGCUUACUUUAUUAUCCCUCUCCCUGGCUACUUAAGUGGACUCUUAUUUGGAAUGGCCGUUGGAUUUAUGAUAGCUGUCUGUGUGAUUUGGCUUCUUACUCCACGUACUCCUGAAUAUCUCAAAUUGCAUAGAAGUAUGACAAAGCAAUGGAAUACAGGAGCUCUAGACAUCAAAGAACCUGAAAUACUGAAGGGAUGGAUGAAUGAAAUUUAUAAUUAUGAUCCAGAAACAUACCAUGCUACAUUGACUCACUCUGUUUAUGUGCGACUUGAAGGAAGCACCUUGCGACUUUCAAAACCCAAUAAAAAUAUUUCUAGAAGGGCUGUGUACAAUGAGCCAAAGCCUGAAGUCACGUAUGUCAGCCAGAAAAUUUAUGAACUUACAGAAAGCAAGAUUUCCCUAGUUCCUAAGAGUCUGGCACGAAAACGGAUUUGGAAUAAGAAGUACCCUAUCUGCAUUGAACUCGCUAGACAGGAUGACUUUAUGGCUAAGGCCCAGACUGAAAAAGAGAAUGCAGAGGAAAAGUUAUCUGCUGAAAAAGUGGACUUGAACAAUGAAGAAUCCAAGAAACCUCAGGAUGGAGCAAAGUAUACUAGCCAAAAGGAUCAAGUGCUUUAUCUCUUUGGAAGGACAGGUAGGGAAAAGGAGGAGUGGUUCAGAAGGUUCCUUCUUGCAUCCAAGCUGAAGUCUGAAGCGAAGAAGCCAUCCGGUUUAUGUGGGAACAAGCCAGGGAUCUUGCCAACACACAGUAGAACCGAUAGUCAAUCUGGAGUUCUCACCCACAGCCGAAGCAGCAGCAAGGGAAGUGCAGAAGAAAUUGCAUCCCAGCCGAAGCACAAGGAUCUGGCUGGCAAUGUGCGGCAGAAAAUGCUUCUGGACUACAAUAUUUAUAUGGCAAAGUGUGUUCCACAUGAAAAGAAAAGCCCUUCAGGUAGUCCAGUCCUCAGUGCAGAUAGCAGCCCUACAGCUGUGAAAAAGUUACCAGAUGCCCAUGUGGAAGCUGAAGAAGAAGAACAGGAGGCCUGGGUGAAUGCUUUGCUUGGAAGAAUAUUUUGGGAUUUUUUAGGAGAAAAGUAUUGGUCUGAUCUAGUGUCAAAGAAGAUCCAAAUGAAACUUAGCAAAAUAAAGCUGCCGUACUUCAUGAAUGAGCUAACUCUAACUGAGCUUGACAUGGGGAUAGCAGUGCCGAAGAUCCUUCAAGCCUUCAAACCUUCUGUUGAUCACAGAGGACUUUGGAUUGAUUUGGAAAUGUCCUAUAAUGGAUCUUUUCUAAUGACCCUAGAGACCAAGAUGAACUUGACCAAACUUGGUAAAGAGCCGCUCGGUGAAGCACUUAAAGUUGGAGAGAUUGGCAGAGAAGGUUUCAGGCCAAGGGCGUAUUGUCUUGCAGACAGUGAUGAGGAAUCUUCCAGCGCCGGGUCUUCGGAAGAGGAUGAUGCUCCUGAAUUGGCAGGAGAGAAGCAGAUGACUCCAGGAGCAGAAGGGUAUGUCGGAGGACAUCGGACAAGUAAGAUCAUGAGAAUUGUGGAUAAAAUUACUAAGUCAAAAUACUUUCAGAAAGCAACAGAGACUGAGUUUAUUAAGAAGAAAAUUGAAGAGGUCUCCAAUACUCCAUUGCUGCUAACAGUUGAAGUACAAGAGUGCAGAGGAACACUAGUAAUUAACAUUCCACCUCCACCUACUGACAGAAUAUGGUAUGGCUUUCGAAGACCUCCCUACCUGGAGUUAAAAGCUCGGCCAAAACUCGGUGAGAGAGAAGUGACUCUGGUUCAUGUAACUGACUGGAUAGAGAGGAAACUAGAACAAGAGUUUCAGAAAAUCUUUGUCAUGCCAAACAUGGAUGAUGUUUAUAUUCCUUUAAUGCACUCAGCCAUGGAUCCCCGCUCCUCUACAUGCCCUCCUAAAGAUCUGGUCACAGAGGCCCCUGAUCAACCAUGACAUGUGAAGACUCUUGCAGUUUACAGUAUUAUAAAAGUUAUUCACAUGGUUUUAUAAACUGUGCCGUAGUUCUCAUCCUUAACUUGUGCCACUUCCCCCCCUCUCCCUCCCCAGGGACUGCCUAUAACCAUACCUUUGUGCUCACUUGCCUGGUUAUUGUUCCUGUGUACUUCAGCUACAUGAAGUUUCAUUCCAUUAAGCAGUUGAUUAUUUUUGUACUGGUUGCCAUCAGGAUUUUAACUCCGAGGCUAAGAUGACCUGUUCUUUGGGGGAGGGAGGAGGAACCUAACUGUAAUAGAUCAAGGAGCUUGUUGACACACCUUUUGUUCAGCUUAUGUUCUCAUGCUAUGUUAACGUGCAUUAAAGCAUUGAAAGGUUGUUUUGGCAGCAAAGGAACUGCGUGCCAAAUGGAAAAAAAAAUCCUAAAUAAGGAAUGAAUUUAUAAAACUGGAAGAGUAUUUUUCUUUCUCAGGCAGUUGGAGGUGUAGAAUGAACUGUUUUAUGUUCUUUCACUUCUGCAGUCAAUAGCUUGUGUCAAGCAAUCGAAAUAUGAAAUGCUUUCAGGAUAAAAGAAUGUAAAUUGGAUGUAUAGGUAAUAUUGUGAUUCAAUGUGGUGUAUACAUAUUACUUUUUUUCAUACAGAACUUGUGCUUUUUUGGGGAAGCAAGUAGCCAUAAAACACACGCAACUAUCGGUGAAGGUGGGACUGUCAGAUUUUUGUAAAUGAGGAGAAAAACAUUGGUAAAGCCAUGAGACCAAACCAUAGCAAGCCGCCUUAUAGUGAGGUACAAUCACCUUGGUUCAUGAUUAAUUCUGAAUGUUUAUAAAAACAUGAGCACACACAUAAAACGUUGAUACUGCACACGACCAGAAGUACUUAGUUACCCUACUGUGUAUAGAGCCUCUUGCUACAAGGAAACACACCAAGUUUUUUCUUAUAGGAGAGUUUGUUGCUGUGAGUCUCUUCCAUUGCACCGUGUUUACAUGCAAAGCAUGGGACCAAACUCUCCUGUUACAGCUGUGCAACUCCAGACAUCAAAUUGCUUGAUGUUUGUGACAACAGCUGUGAUUGAAAGAUUUUGUCCCCCAUGCAUUGUUUUUUUUGGACUUUGUGGAAUAGGAAUUCAAGCAUUGCAGUUAUUCAAGCUGAUCGCAAUGUAAUUAAAGACUGUUUCUGCUAAUUAAUGGCCAAAACUAAGGGGGGAGGGGGAACUGCCUUUUAUUUCUAUCUGGUAUAAUGAUUCAAGACUAAAUGAAUGCAGUAAAUUCAAUAUUUGAACACUACAUAUCCACUAUUUAACACAUGUAAUAUUUUUCUGAUACUCAGUGUUGCCAAGUGUUCAUGGAUGUCAGAAAAUGUUUUAGUUUACAAAGAAGGUGAGUUUUGGCUCUCCUUUUAUAACAUGAUUUGAUUUUUUUUUUUAGAAGUAAUUUUUUAAGAACUUUUUUGUAUGUUGUGUUGUCACAUUUGAUGUAAAUCAAAAUUUCCAUGUGUAACUUGAUGAUUUACCAUCUCUAAAUGAAGCUAUUAUAUUGAAGGUUUUUUAAACAGCACCUUGCCUGAAACAUAAAAGAAAACUAGCAUUUAAUAUAUUUAAAAUUAAUUAUAUAUUUGAACACCUAUUUUGGUUACCUUUAAUUGAAAUAUUAGUAGGUUAUAUUUGUUACCUGAACUCCUCCUUGACCAUUCCAGGCUGUGUAUAUUCUGGGGUUUGCUGAUUAUGUAGGCAUUAUUUGCCUUUCAUGAAGUCUGCAUGUCUUGUACGCAGGUCUUUUAUAUGAUUUAAUUUCUAUGUGCAAUAACUAAAGUCCAAGGACUAGAUGCACUAAUGUGUAAACAGAUUUAGACUUAUUACACAAGGUUGUCAUAUUGCACUUCAUAAAUUGUGGGUAACUACAAUCUGCUUGCUUUGUUUUAUUAAAUAAAUUUACCCCAUGUCAAACAA